AUGUCUCAGUACCAGUCGGGCCAGCAGGCCUAUUACGGCCAGCAGAACCAUCCCCCCGCAUCCUCGCAGAAUACGUCGCAUCGCCCGUACGCAGCAUACUCGCCCCAACCAGACCAGGCCACGCCGUUGAGACGAAUGCCAAGCUACAUUGCUGGCGACGAUUCGAACUAUGCUCCUCCGGGGGCCAAUGGCGAGGGUGAACAUGGAACCCCCCAAGGCCACGCGCCUCCCGGAACUGUUUACAAUAACCUCAACCACACCGCGCAAGCCAACCUAGGCUCGAGACAUUCUCAGUUCUCUGUCGGGAGCUCCCAGCAGUCAAACCCGAGUCGCGCUUCGUCGCAUGGCUCGUCUGCGACUUCUACUUAUCCUAUACAGGCAUACCACAACUCAGUGCCGCCGCCAACCUCGCCGAAUGCCUACAAUCCACAGCAAUAUGUCCGGCCGCACUCGCUAUCUCAACCCCCGUCAAUGGCCUACAACCCUCAGACAUACACUGGGAAUCCGCAGUACAUGAACGCCCCAUCUCCGUACCAACCCUACAAUCCCGCUGCUUAUCAACCGAACCCGGCCCUGAAUCGACAGCCCACGAAUCCUACCGCGCGCUAUCAACAACCGGCUACGUAUGGAAUGCCGUCUCCCCAGACACAGGGGCCUCCGCUUCCCCCUCGUGGAGUAGACCACCCCUAUGGCCCGCGUCAAUCCCAGCUUUCUGCGGAGUCGUCUCCAAAUCCAAACUACGGCCAUUCCCCUACAAACCAACCUUCGCCCUCAUUGAGCUACCAUUCCUCGAUACACCACGCUGGGCAGCCAUCACCGGGCUUUGCAACGAACCAAUCAUACAUGAGCUCGAGCCCCAAUUCACAGCCUUCCCGUCAGCCUUCUCGUACGUCGCCGGCGUUACCACAACUUCCUCCCGUGAUUUCUUCGCCCACGAUUGAGGAGCACCCCCCGGCGCCACCCGCUCACCAGCCUCACGGUGAUUUAGUAUACGGAGACAAUAACUCUGCAGCAGUUUCGAGGAAUUCCGGAUCGUCUCCCACGUACCAAUCAACGGUUCCUCGGCGGACAGACACCCUGACUCGACACCCACAAGCUCGACCUCUCCCUGGCCCUCCUCCCGAUGCCGAAGCGGAAACACAGAACGGUUCAUUGAACACAUAUGACGAUCUGAUGAAACAGGUUGAAGCAGCCGUGCAAGGUCGAUCAGAAAUGAGGAAUCCCAACCCUAGAUGGUCGUCUCACACGGAAGGACGAACUACGGACGGCGAGCCUCGUCCUCUGUUUACGGAGGAUACUACAGCAUCCCAACUGUCUCCCGACGAGCAGCAUACACACACAAACGGGAGUGUUGCAACCGGUACAGGGCAAUAUGUCAAUUAUGAUGCGUAUAGUGACGAAAGCGACGCCGAGGCUGCUGCUGGUAUCGCAAUGAUGCAGAUGGCGGAUGAGGAAGAAAGGGUCGAAGCUGAGCGGCGAAUGAGCAGAACCGGAACAUCUGUUUCUCUCUUCGCCAGCCAGGAACCGCAACCGCAGCCGCCCACCCCUGGACUUUUCACCUCUUUCCAAGAAGCCAGCAGUGACAGUGACUAUGCCCAUUAUGAUUUGGCAGCGUACGGUGGGGGCUAUGAGGCUCCAAUGCACUAUGGGGAUACAUUUGCCUCGGGUACCGAGAUCAGGCUCCCUGGCGUGUCAAACUCUCUCCGAAACUCUGUUGAUGCAAGCUAUGCCGACGAAAACAGCCAUACUUUUGGCAAUCAUGGAUCGACACGCGGAUACCCUGAUCCCACCCCAGCGCGAGUUGAUACCGGGGGCACUGGCGGCUUAGCACGGCCAGGCACCAUGGGCCAUCGUAUGAGCUUCGAUGAUGCCGAUGAAGAUACUGUUCUACCAAUGCCCGAUAUCGAUACACCAUCAGGAAGCCAAAGCCCGGAAAAGGGCGAACCAGCAGACCUCUUCUAUCACCCGGGAAUGCGUCCACUACCACCGGCACCCGUGGAGCCAGCAAACAUUUUGUCUCAUUUGAUGCCCGCGGGCACUUAUCGGAAUGAUCAAUCAGGUGAUCAGGACGAGACUGAUCAAUUUAGACCUCUUCCUCCCAUUUCCACGAAUACUUACGACCAGUCACAGUCCAACCUGCCCCAAGUUCCGCGAUCAUCAUCCUUGUCGAGUCAUAGUAGCACACCACGUACCGAGGCUCCCAUUAGAUCCAAGACCGACGCAGAUCGUGCGAAAUACAAGCAGCAACAGGAGUUUUUACGUCAACAAGCACAGGACCCCACUGGUGCUCUUGGGUACAGUGCAAGCCCAGAGCCUUCUGCGAUAACUCUCGAUCUCCCAACCCUCCCCGCAAACAGACGGAAGAGGUUCAAUCCAGCGAAACUGUCGUCGGAGCAAUUCCGCAAGUGUUCUGAGCCAUGGGCGCUUAGCUCAAUUGUAGCAUGGGUGAAAGAUUUGAGUGAAGAUGAAACCGAUCUUAAAAAACAUGUGGUUGUCGAUGCCAUUGUCGCCUUGUUCACACAUAAAGUUCCCACGAUGAACACGGCUGACGCGGAAACACUCGGAGCCUCGGUCGUUAAUAGCAUGUUGAACGCAGGGGCACUGAUUAGGGAUGAAGAAUGGGUUAAAUUCAGCAACAGGUCGCUAUCCGGUGUUUUGUUCCAGAUAACGGGCAGUGGAUGUUAUUCUUCACGACUUCACGUCCAAGAGACUGAUGGGUUUGGCCGCUGUUACUCGCACCAUUGCAUGAGAACGCUGAAGAAGAUCAAUCUCAAGGCGCAAGUAAUGGGGCCUCAAAAGAAGGCACAGGAUUGGGUUACGUUCUACGGUAUCCCUAAAGAAGUCUGGGAAACCCACCCCAAGAAAGAGAUUGAUCGUCAAAACAACCUACAUGAAAUUGUCACGACUGAAGAUUCCUUCAUUGCGCAGUUGGAUGUGCUGAGAGAACUUUAUCGUGAUCAGCUGGCCAAAAUGCAGCCUUCUAUCAUCACGCCGAAACGCCUCGAGAAAUUUCUACGAGAUGUUUUUGGCAAGGUUGAUCAGGUUAAAAAAGUUAAUGAAGAUUAUCUUCUCGCACAGCUCAAGUAUCGGCAGAAGGAACAGGGACCUUUUAUUGCUGGUUUCAGUGACAUUUUUCGGGAAUGGAUACGAAAAGCCAAGGCAGCAUAUAUAGACUACGCUGCAACUUUCCCCAAUGCCAAUUAUCUAGUGCGCAAGGAAUCUGAGCGCAAUACACUCUUCAAGCAAUUCUUGAACCAAGCCCGCGACAACAAGCUUUCAAAUCGGUUAAGUUGGGAUACCUAUCUCAAGGCCCCCAUUACUCGAAUUCAACGAUACACGUUGUUGCUAUCGACAGUGCACAAGAACAUGACCAAGGACUCGGAAGAGAAGCACAAUUUGGCGCUGGCUAUUGAAGAAAUCAAGGUUGUUGCGCUCGAAUGUGACAAUAAAGUUGGCGAGAUGUCAAAGAAAGUCGAUCUCAUGGAACUCUCCGCCAGACUCCAACUCCGACCAGAGAUGAGAAAUGAAGUUGAACUGAAUCUUGAACACCUAGGAAGAGAGAUUAUCUUCCAGGGCGACCUUCAACGACCUGGUACGCGAACAAGAUUCAAUCUGGUUGAUACCCAUGCGGUGCUUUUCGAUCACUAUCUUGUCUUGGCCAAGGCUAUGCAAGGCCGCGAUGUAUCCAGGACUGGGAAAUUCGAAAUAUACGAUGUGUCAAAGUUACCGAUUCCUAUGGAUCUACUGGUCUUGGAAAGUACGAAUGAUGAUCCGGUGGUCAAGUCCUCGGUGAAAGGAAUCUCAACAGUAGCGCCUCCUUCAGGUGCUGCUGCUCGUGGCCCUGGCACAGGUCCUUUAACACAUACAAAUAGUUCCACCUCGACGACUUUGACUACUACAUCAUCUGGAAAGUCUUUCGUAGCAACGACUGUUCUCGAAAACUCCAAGGAUGACAAGAUUUUGUACCCUUUCAAGGUUAAACACCUGGGUAAAACUGGCACCUAUACGCUCUUUGCACCAUCUGCACAAAACAGACAAGAUUGGUGCGAAAAGAUCAUCGAAGCCAAGACGAAACAUGCUUCCUCUCUGUUCGCGCAAAAUGCCGAGCCCUUCCGGCUGCGAGUUUUGGCCGAUGCUGCCUUUACUUACUCGGAAACACCAGGAGCUAAACCCGUGAUGAUCAACGGUACUCCUCUUGAUCGAGCUAUACAAGAUGUCGAAGCAAAGUUUGCCAAUAUAGGUAUCCGGCCCAAUCCGGUCUCCCGGGCGGCCGUCAAUUGUGCCACGGUAUUCCAACAGCAAAGCGGGCAAUUGAUGUGUGCUAUUGGCACAGAUGCCGGGGUUUUCAUCUCUCGAUACGAUGAUCCUCGUGGCUGGACUAGAACGAUUACGAUCUCCCGAGUAACCCAGAUUGCGAUUUUUGAGGAAUUCAAUUUGAUGAUCCUUAUUGCCGACAAAUCUUUGAUUGCAUAUCACCUGGAUGUAGUGUGCCCAAACAGCGGCAUGCCUUCUCAGACGUCUCAACAUGAUUCUGCGCGCCGAGCACCGCAAAAGAUUUCAGGAAACCGUGAGGUUGGCUUCUUCUCUAUAGGUAGAAUGAAGGAUCGUGUGUUGGUGUUUUACAAGAAGCGAGACGGUAUCUCAUCUACUUUCAAGGUCAUCGAGCCAGUUCUACACAAGUCAACUACUAGUCGAUCACGCCUUUUCUCCUCUCGUCGUGGCCAAACCGAAUUCUUCCGCGACUAUGAUGAAUUCUACAUCCCCACGGAAAGUUACCACAUCAAUUUAUUCCAUACAUCCCUUGCCAUAUCGACACAGCGCGGAAUCGAGGUCUUGACACUUGAUAAGAAGCAGCCCUGGUCUGUGCCAAACCUUAGUUCUGGCGCACCAGAGGCACAGCCCUAUUUGACAAGUAUCGCGACCCGUAUCAAAGAUCUUCGGCCACUGGGUAUGUUCCGACUGAGUGACAGCGAGUUCCUGCUAGCAUACAGCGAAUGCGCAGUAUAUGUCAACAAGCUCGGCGAUGUGUCGCGGAGCGUUGUUAUGGAGUUUGUCGGACGAGCUCAUACAGCUUGCCUGUACGGCAAAUUCCUCAUUUUGCUAAAUGAGGAUUUCAUUGAAGUCCGCAAUGCAAUGAACGGCCGCUUGAGACAGGUCAUUCCAGGUCGUAAUGUUGUCUGCCUUGAUGAUGGUGGCAACAUGGAAGGAAACGCGCCUGUCAAUUCUAGCAGUUUUGCUGAAUCCGGUGCCAAUGGGCAGACUUCGUUGACAAGGGACCUUGCCCGUGUGGGUCGUACUAUCAAGAUUUGCAUGCAGCAUCCGCAGUACGAUCGCAGUCAAGUUGUGGUUGAGCUGAUUGAAAAUGAGGGGCAAAAGGAUUGA